UCAGUGGAACCAGUGAUACCGCCGCCGAAAGAUAAACAAACAAAAGCGCGUUCGCCGCAUUCCAUAAUUUGUUUAUAUCAACGAUUAUUUAUUUAUUGCUAAUAUUAUGGCCAGCGGCUCUCGGAUUACCACGCUGCCGCAGUCCAAGGAGGCGCUGCUGAAGUCCUACAAUGCACGCCUUAAGGAGGAUGUACGCAGCAUGCUGGAGAACUUUGAGGAAACCCUCAAGCUGGCGCGCCGAGACAGCCACAGCCAAAUAUCGCGUACGACACAAUGCGAGCAGGAUGCCCUCGAAAUGCAAAUACGAGUCUCUAAUAUGGUGCGUGCGGGUGAGUCGCUGAUGAAGCUGGUGGCCGAUCUCAAGCAGUACCUGAUACUGAACGAUUUCCAUUCUGUCAACGAGGCCAUCACAAACAAUUCGCAGCUGUUUCGGGCCACCCAAAUCGAGUGCGACAAGAAGCUGAUGAAGCUGCGCGACGAAAUGGCCAUGGAUCUGUACGAUCUCGAGGAGGAGUACUACACGAGCAUCUUCAAGUAGAGAGCCGAUAAACAAUUAGCCAUUUUAUUUAUACAUAUUCAAUACAACAGUUUGCCAAAAAACUAAAGCUGCUCCGGCAUGUGUGCGGAAGCUGGGCCAGGGGCAGGGGCAGCAGAUGUCUCGGUGUCGGUAUCGGACGGCUCCGAGGUGGAGUCGCUGACGUUGAGCCCCUCGUUGGUGCUGUCCACAAUGUCGCCGGUGUAAAAGAGCACGGCCUUGGGCACGAUCUGAGUGCGCAGCAGGAAGCCCACCUCAAAGUCAAUGGCAAGCAGCAUUUUGGUCUGCUCGUCGGCCACUGACAAGUCCAGUGGCUGUGGCGGCGCGAAGAACUGGAAGAAGGACUCGCGCGGCAUUCCGUUUGCCUCAUGCUGCGUGAGGUUGCAGCCAUUGCGCCAAUCGAUGUGGCAGCCCUCGCAGCUCACGAUCUCGGGGCCCUCGAACGAGAAUGGAUACUCCUCGUCCGCCUGGUGGUGCAGAAAGUACUUCUUGGUGAGCAUCAGCGAGCAGUCGUCCAGGUAGCUGUUGCUCCGAAAUAGAAACUCGAUGGUGUAGCACGCCGGCCCGUAGCUGAUGCGUAGGUCCAUCAGGCACUCGAGCAGCGGCUCGUCAUAGUGCUGCACCAUGUCCGAGAGCAGGGAAACGUUCCGGAAGAUGCUCAGCCAGAAGCGGGGCACACCCACUGCAUUGUCCGGCAUCUUGGGCAUGAGCACGGCCAGCCGUUGGAACUCAUCGCUGGCCUUGAGCUCCUCAACCAGCGCAUCGGGCUCCUCGCUCCAAGCGGGCUCCAUCGGUGGCGGCUCCACAGACCCCUCAAUGAUGACGCGCCGCACAUCAAACAGCUCGGCACACUGCAAAUAAUAUUGCUUCUCCAGCUCGUACACCUUCCGAUAAAACUGCUCCGAUAUCUUAAUCUGCUGCAUUUGAUUGUGCUUCAGGGCCACAAUCCGAUUGUGCACUGGCCCCGGCAGCUCGGCUAUCAUGUGCUGCAGGCAGGCCUUUCUGCUACGCGCCGUCAUGUUCGCCGGGCACAGCAUCGAUUCAAAUGAACCACCCUUCAGCGACUCGUUGCCCUUGUCCUUGGCCGGGCACAGCAUCGUGUUGGAAGAACCGCCUUCCAGCAGCGUCUCGCUGCCCUUUUUCGGUGGCUGCUCCACCGCCGACUCUCUCUCAAUGGCAUCCAUGUUACUUAGAAUUUGGAAUAAAACUGAACGCAAUAGAACUUGGGGAA